AUGAUUCGACAUACAAGCACUCUCCACAUCACAGAAAAUGAAAAGGACUUAGAUGAUCAAAGCUCUUCGGCUAGUUCAGACAAUUCUUCAGAUGACUGGUCUAAAGAAAUGAGCUCAACUUCUGAUGAUACUAUACCUAGUGAUCCCGAGAGCUUAUCCAGUAAAAACUUAUCCAGCAAUGAUGAUGGAGCAUUUCCACAUCUGAUGGUUCAACCUACUAAAUCAAACUCACAAACCGAACCAAUUAUCACAAGUGAAGAAGAAAGUGGAAAUGAAUCAACAACACCACAUGUUCCCCAAAAACGAAAGAGUAAAGGCACCCUACAAGACGCUCAAGUCACUGAAAGACUACGCACAGAAUUCUUUAAACUAAAAUGUUGUUCAAUGGAUAAGAGAGAUUUGAAGAAGCAUUACAAAAAGAUGACUCAACAGUUCUACCAAAUAGGUGGAAUUGAUGAUCCAAAUCUAAAACAGGCUUUCCUCUCUUCUAUACCAGAACCACUAGGAGAAGAAACUUUCAUACUUCUCUCGGGAACAGCAAGAACCCUAGCUGAUGCUACGAUUGGAGAAAUCUAUCAGCUAGUUCUAAAGGCAUUGGAAAAGAUGUGCUCUCGGUACAAAUUUAUCCAAGAAUUCAUGAAACAAUCCAAGAAGCUCGGAAACGUUUGCAGCCAAAAGGACCUACGAAUCAAAUGUCCACCAGAAUCAGCAUGUUCUUGUCUUCCAGAAAAAAAGAAACACAACAAAAGGUUUAAACCCUUUAAGACCUUAAAAUCCUCAAAAGAAAAAGGGUGUCGCUCAUUCAAGUUUCUAAGGAGGAAGCGCUCUUUCAGGAAGAAGUCCGACAAAUGUUUCAUCUGUGGCGACAAAGGACAUUAUGCCAAGCAAUGCCCCAAAGGGAAAACUGCCAAACUGAUCUCCCACAUUCAACAAACAACGGGCAUAUCUCUCGAAGAGAAUGACCUAGAAUCCAUCUUCUCUACUGAUGACGAGAUAAAUCCAGAAUCCCUUUGUGCAUUCGAAUAA